AUGCCUUCCAAACAGCUUAUGAGCUUUUGGGCCUUCCUGGACCUCUGUCUCCUGGCGGCAGGUGUCAUUUCCGUGGUCUUCUCGGAAUUGUUCCGUAUGCCCAACCUUGAAAUCAACUUCACUCUCAACAACGGCUUCUUGCUUGCUGGGUUGAUCCUCGGCAUCGUCCUUCUGUUCACAUUUGCCGUGUCCAUCGGUGCAAUUGUGCAAAAGAAUCAUGUCACAAUCGGUCUCGUCCUUCUCAACUGGUUCCUUGUCCUCGAUGCCCUCGUUAUCCUCAUCGUUGGGACGAUUAUCUGGUUCUACUCCACGCAGCAAAGGGCCAACUAUCUCAAGGUGUUCCAGGCAGCCUCCCCCGCCACGCGUAUCGCGCUUCAAGACAAGUACCAAUGCUGUGGUUGGUUCACGCCCAACGACACUGUCCAGAUUGGUGGCUCCUUCUGCGCGAACACGACGUUCGCCAACUCGCUCGUGAACCCGAACGACACUGGAGCCGGUCGCUGCGUUGGGCCUGUCACGAAGUUCACUGACUACACGCUCAACAACAUCUUCUCAUCCAUUUAUGGGUUCAUGGCCAUCGUGAUCCUGCUAUUCCUGGCCACGAUGUGUGUGAUCAAGAGGCGACAAGAAGAGGAGCGGUUCAAGAAGAUCGACGCAAAGCGGGGCGGGAGGGGCUUCGUCUAA